CGCGAGGAACCCGAACUCAACAACACUAAGAUGAGUGUACCUGAUACUAACGCUCCGAUUAGCCAGAUUCUCCGAUAUCUCAGAUAGUCUGGCAUACAUACUGCAGGAACACUUGUCAGUCAAAGUGCUCUCUUCUUCGUAUCAUUUAGCUAAAUCGUCCGCAAGCACCUUGCAAUCGCCAAACCAUAAAAUAUCAUAAUCACUAUUCACAAAAACUUCGUCCACCUGAGACAGAACGAAAUCGGUCAUGGCUUUCGUUCAGGCCGCAUUCUCCGACCCUAGAGUCCCUCUUCAAGACCGACAAGAAGCCCUGAACCGCGCAUUCGCCGAUCCAGGCCUUCCAGCACCUUGCGGCAUGCCCUCUUUCUGGCUCAAAGACCCCCCAUUCUCUGAGCUCGCAAGCUUGCAAUCCGCAGAACUCGCAACAGAAGCAGAGGUUGUGAUCAUCGGCUCCGGGAUUACGGGCGCCUCCAUCGCUAGAACCCUAUUGUUGAACACAUUUGGCGAAGGAAACCAAGAAAAGAGGCCUUCUGUCGUUAUACUCGAUGGUCGUGAGGUCUGUCAUGGCGCGACGGGCCGGAAUGGGGGCCACAUCCUCGAGACCGCGGAGGAAUUCAGCUAUUUCGAAGAGACGUAUGGAGUGGAGACUGCGAUCCGAACCAUGAGAUUCCGCCUCGCACAUCUGGCGGAGCUGCUUCGAGUGGCAGACGAAUACGGGCUGAGCGAGGUUGCCCAGGCCCGGAGAAUCCAGUUCCUGAGCGUUCAUUUUGAUAACGACAAGUGGGUGGAGACGGUGCGUUCUAUCCGGAGACUCAAGGAGUGUAUGCCUGCCGAGACGGUGGAAUGGAAGAUUUUCAAAAAAGCCGAUAUCCCGAAGGAGUUCGGUCUUGCCCCAAAUGCUCGAGGUGUCAUCGCCGGGCCCGCCGGCGCCAUGUGGCCGUAUCGUUUCGUCACGGGCUUACUGGCCCGUCUGCGCGAGCAGUAUCCCAAGGAUCUCCGGAUUGAGACCAAGACACCCGUAACGGCUAUUCGCGAGAACGCGACAUCCACAGACCCGUCCGCACUGCGAUACUCGGUCGUCACGCCGAGAGGAACGAUCCGAGCACGUCAUGUCAUCCACUGCACGAACGCGCAUGUCGGUCACUUGGUGCCGGGACUGCGCGGCCGCAUCUACCCCAUCCAAGGAACAAUGACGGCGCAGAACCCAGGGCGCAGCUUCCGACCACAAGGAACCGAGCACUCCUGGCUGUUCAACUAUGAGCAUGGCUUUGACUACCUGACUCAGUUGCCCUCUGGUGGGGAGACGGCCAACAAGAUGAUGCUGGGAGGGGGCUUUGGGCAGCAUGCAGAUCGAGGGAUCUUGGCUUUGGGCAUCGCAUCUGAUAAUGAGGGAGUCCCGCCGUAUACGCUGAAACAUCUGAAGACAACACUCCAGAAGGCGUUCGACCAGGAGGAUUGGGGCGAGUGGAGCGCUGAGCGGGAUGUUGACACGGCGUGGACGGGAAACAUGGGCUUCAGCGCAGAUGGAUAUCCGUGGAUCGGCAAGCUGCCGCAUUCUGCGUCUGGCCGUGGGGAAGCCGUGGAGGGAGGGGAAGGUCAUGGAGCCGAAUGGUUGUCGUGUGCGUUCUCGGGCGAAGGCAUGGUGCAGGCUUGGCUGUGCGGGAAAGCAGUAGGUAUGAUGGUGUUGGCCCAUGGUGGACGGAGGGCCGGAGAGGUGGAUCUCUCCUGGGUGCCUGAUCAGAUGUUCGUGACUGAGAACCGGAUCAAGAGGUCGGUUCUGCCACGAGUGAUCCCCGAUCAUCGCUCCUCUCAACUCUGAGAGGCACUGUGGUCUUCAUGUAGUACUUGUUUAAAGGGGAUCGGCAAUGUACGUGAGGUUCAAGUGACAGAGGAGUAGACGGGAUGGGAUGUCUUGUGUUUUGUCAAACGUACUAAGAAUAGCAAAUAUUGCAAUGUGAGUCGACGUCUAAGAUCCUGAUCACACCAU